AUGACUUCUGAGGCAAAAACUCAAGCUACCAUCUCCUCUCUUCCUCAAGAGCUCAUAGACCUUAUUGUUGACAGAUUGGCAGACUUACCUCACAAUCAAACCACUUAUCAUGACCCUCUGCAACUCCAGGAUAUCAUAGCCUGUUCACUCGUAUCGAAAGCCUUCCGCUCCAGAGCCAAAGCACACCUUCUCUUGCGCCUACACAUCCGAGCGAAUGAGGGCUUCAAGAUGCAGGCAGAAUCGCUUGUCUCUCGAAUUAAAAACACCUCUUCGGAAUACUGUGCAGAUCUCAUACGCUCUUUCUGUUGUGCAAUCAUCAACAGUAACCCAGCGCAGAGCUCCGGGAUGAUGUUGUCAAUGGAUUCUCAAGGCCAUCACAAGUACCUGCCUAGGCCAACUCCCCUCGACAGAAUAUAUACUCACCUGGGUAGACAUUUUACGGAAAUCCUUCGCGGAAUAAGCGACCCUGCCCACAAGCUACGGCACUUUAGUCUCGUGUCAUUAUCUGAGCUUAAUCAUGUCGAUCAUGGCGCAGGGGAGCCGAAUUCUCUAGCAUUCCAACUCGCUUUUGUAAGCGCCUGCACCACGGUUAACCUCCAUACCCUGCAUCUAGCCAACAUAGCAGACAUACCUCCAUCCCUGCUUAUCGAGGUGUUCUGCUUGCCGUUCCUCGAGGAGCUCACUCUCAACAACCUGGGAUUCUCAGAAGAGACAGAAGCAUCUUUGAUGACAUCCGACGUUACCAUCCGACAGUCUGGGAAUUCCAUCACACGUACACUUGCCCCAAAGCUACGACGACUAGAGAUACGCAAUAUCUGCUAUCUAGGUCUUUUCAAUUUGCUGCAACUUAAUUCAGAAUCAAACCCGCCUUCUUCUUCGUCAUUCGCGCUUUUAAAAACACUCAUCAUAUCCGUUCCCUUCGAUGAGCAAAAAAUCCCCAUUUAUGGUUCUCUUAGAGAAAUCAUGGACUUCAUGAGCUGGAUGCCGUCCAACUUGGUUAACUUGGAGAUUGAGAGCUAUGCUUACCCUACUGGUAACCAGCUCUCGUUGCCCUACUCUUCGUAUACCCAACGCUGA